AUGGCUCGUCUACCGGCCGUGGCGUUGUACUUGCUGCCGCUGUGCGCUACGGCCGUGGUCGUGUGCUCGCUCAAGCACAAGCAGCAGCAGCAGCAGCUACAGACGAAAAAGGACGACCUGUCCCUGUGGAUCGACGAACAGCAAGUGAAAAUGUACAGUGGUCUGAAAAUGCCGAUAUAUGCAAUUAUGGAAGGUAAAGUCACGCCGUACAUUUUGGACAAAAAUUUUGAACAGUACUUGCCAGUCAUUCCAUCUGAGGUGGGUUAUGUGAACUUCACAUGGAUGUCUGGAAAUAAGAAUUAUUUUUACGUGUUUGACACACUUGAUUCGGACGACAAAAACAUACUGGAACCACCUACAGUUACCGUGAAAAUCGAUGGGAAAAUACCCAAGAGACCCAAAGUUUUCAGUAUAUUGUUGCCGUGUUCCGGCAACAGAUCGGGCAUUGCUAGUUUCAACAUACGGCUAUUGAUACAAAACAGAAAAGGUCGUGCUUUACCUGAUACACCAUUAAAAGUGAAACUCAGAAAAGAGUGUAUGGUUAGAGGUACAAGUAAAAGUACAAGUCUCGACUUAGUAUGCGAUAAAAAAUGUGAAAACAACGGUUGGUGCAAUGCAGACAAAAUAUGUCAGUGUCCUGAAGGUUAUAUGGGACAGUAUUGCAAAACCGCAUUGUGCUAUCCACAGUGCAUGAAUAAUGGGACAUGUGUUGCGCCAGGUGUCUGUCGAUGUCCACAAGGUUUUCAAGGACCACACUGUGAAGGAGGUAUUUGUGCAGAAAAGUGUUUAAACGGUGGAAAAUGCAUACAAAAAGACACAUGUCAAUGUCCUAAGGGGUUUUAUGGUUUACGAUGUGAAUACUCUAAAUGUAUCAUACCAUGUUUAAAUGGUGGAAAAUGUAAAGGAGUGAACAAAUGUAGAUGUAUAUUUGGUUUUCAAGGAGACCAUUGUGAAAUUGGUCAACCAAUAAAACAAUAUUAUAAUUGUAAAAGGCCUUGUCGUCAUGGAUAUUGUACAGCAAAUAGAAUCUGUCGAUGUCAACAAGGAUGGUUUGGAAAAUUUUGCCAGAGAAAAAUACUCAAGCCAAAACACGAUAAUCAUAGGUCGGAAUAUCCACAUUCUUGUGAAGAUGAUGAUGAUGAUAUGGAUGAUUAUGAUGAAGUGCCCAAAAGUCAUCAUAGAUGGCAUUGA